ACCGGCUCGGUCCAGUGACGCUUAGCUGUGCUGUGAAACCAGAUUUUUACAUGUAUUAUCGUUGACGUUGUUCAGUCUUUAGCUAACUAUGCUAAUCAGCUAGCCGCCGGAAACAGGGAACCGUUAAGCAUCGAAUAUUUCACACGGUAGCGUUGUGCAGUCGGACCGUGUGUCUUACAGCUGAUCAAGUCCAACAAAGGGUACCGUCUAUCUGACUGGUUGCAAAAUUAACCCGUUUUCUACUUUUUUCUUCAUAUCGCAUCGUCGUAAUUGACACAGCUACAGUUUGUAUUUUACUUCCAGUCAGAUCAUGAGCAAAGACUCCCAAAUGAGGGCUGCAAUAAACCAGAAGCUGAUAGAGAUGGGGGAACGGGAGCGGUUAAAGGAAUUACUCAGGGCAAAGCUGGUGGAGUGCGGAUGGAAGGAUCAGCUCAAAGCACACUGCAAAGAUGUGAUCAGAGAAAAGGGCCUGGAGCACGUCACGGUGGAGGACCUGGUCACAGAAGUCACACCAAAAGGCAGAGCACUUGUACCAGACAGUGUGAAGAAAGAACUUCUUCAGAGAAUCAGAGCUUUUCUAGCUCAGCAUGCAACUUUGUGAAUGUGAUGAUUUACAUCUAGACAUUUUUUUUACUCACCGAAGGUCCACAGUUCAAACCCAGGCCGAUGUUUGUUCUCAUUGUGAGCAAUGCUGAAGUGUUAUUUUUAUUUUGUAUGUGUGUGUUUUCAUAUUGAUUUUAGUUUGUUAUGCUACAGUUUUGAAAAAAAAUAAAGUCAAGCCUAUUUUGGUCA